AUGGAGGCCCACCUGGUGGCCACUGUGCCCACGGACGUCGCCGACUGCUGGGAUCCCGAUGGCAACAAGGUCAACUGCCUCGUGGUCUUCUCCACGCUGUUCGAGGCAAGCCCCGCCGAUGUGCAAAACACCUUUAUCGCCUCCCUCUUCGAUGCCAGCGCUAAGCUCGGAACGGCCGACAUCAGCGACCCGGACGAGGGCACGUACGGCGUGUGGAGCGUCGACAGCUCGUCCCUCAGCGUCUCGUCAGCAGGGGGCAAGGAAGCGAAAGCACUGGGGGAGCUGGAUUUGGCCGAGCUCAUGCCCUCGAGCAUGGACUACUACUACUGGAACGGCAGCCUGACGACUCCCACCUGCGACGAGAGGGUGACGUGGAUCAUGUUCCAGAACCCGCAGAGCGUGUCUGCAGCGCAGGUUGAGCAAUUAGCGGACAACUUCGGCAACAACAAUGACCUCUGCAGGCAGAACUGCGACGGCAUUUCGCCGGCCUGUGCACUUCUGUGCUUGGACGUGGGAGCCACAACCAACAACAGGCCCACACAGGAUUUGAACGAUCGCGUCGUUCUGGACUCCCUCACGACGAUCUGCCCCGAUGACAUCACCGCUCUGCACCGCGCGCCGAGAAAGGUCGCCCCCGGCGAGGAGCACACACUGACCCUGACGUGGACCCGCUGA